AUGUCCAACAAACGAGCCCAGGCUUCCACGGACCUUCCCGUCAGAGGCUCCAACUUGCACAAGAUGAUGGUGGUGGGCUCAGUUGUUGCAAUUUUGGGACUGGCAAAUCUGACCCAACUUCUGUAUUGGCCUCCAACCCCAGGAGAUGGGGGAGACCUUCUGGCUUCCACAAGCCCCAAGACCUCCACCUACCACCUCAGAAGUCCAGCCCAGGCUAGCUAUGUCCUUGGAACCUACCUGAAGGCCAUCCUCAUAGCCAGGGACCACCGGGGCAGGCCCAAGACCCAUGGUGGAGACCUGUUUCGGGCACAGCUGUUGGGUUCCAUCUUAAACACGGGGAUUCCUGGGGAUGUGCAUGACUUUGAGAACGGCACCUAUCUGCUGUCCUUCCCCCUGUUCUGGGAGGGGCAGGCAUUGGUACGCGUGAGGUUGAUUCACUCCAGUGAGGCAGUUGGGGUCUUGCGGAGAAUCUGGAGAGACUACUGGGCCACAGUUGAUUUCAAGGGAUAUUUCCGGGGGCCUAAGGGUAACGAAGAAAAUGUGACCUGCAACGUGAAUCCCGAGUCGGUUGGGGAGGAAACACCUGUCUGUAGCUACAAAGAUGAAAUCUCGGGUGAGCUCUGGUUCUGUGCUCAGCCUCCUACCCUGCCCUGCAACUCACUGGUAGGACACUCAUCUGGCAAUUACUGGAAGGUGACCACGCUGCAUGAAGAUGCUCUGAUGGCGCGGAAUGUGACAGACAAGGUCCUUCCGCAGGGCAUUCGUCCAAUCUGGGUGGCCAAGGAGGGCAACAGGAGUCUGGUCCUAUCCCCCCAAAAACUGUGCCAGCCUGGGAUCCUGGUCCCAAAGCCCUCUGGCUUCUACUACCAAAACAUAUGGCACUCACUGGCCUGCUCAGGCCGCUCCUUCCCCACCGAGGACAGCAUCCUGGGCUGCCUGACCGGCCGCAUUGUCCACAUGAUGGGGGACUCCACGCUUCGGCAGUGGUGGGAGUAUCUGCGUGACACCGUGUCCUCCCUCAAGCCCGUGGAUCUGCAUGCCACCUAUCAGGUAGGGCCCCUGAUGCUGGUGGACACCAGCAAGGGCAUCGUGCUGCAUUGGCGGGCUCACAGCUGGCCCCUACGCUCCAAACGCACACCUGUGGCCUCCCUGCACUCCGUGGCCCAAGAGCUGAGGGGCCUGGCUGGCGGUCCCCACACCGUGGUCGUGCUGGGUCUGGGGGCUCACUUCACCACCUUCCCUCCAACCAUCUUCGUGCAACGCCUGGCUGGGAUCCGGGAAGCCGUGACAGCCCUCCUCGCCCGGGAGCCCCACACCCUUGUGGUCAUCAAACUGGCCAACACUGGCUACAAGUCCGUGUAUGGCAGUGACUGGCUCACCCUCCAGGUGAACCGGCUCCUGCGUGCUGCCUUUGCUGGCCUCCGUGUGGCCUUCGUGGAUGCUUGGGAAAUGACCUCUAGCCUGGCGCUGCCAGACAGCAUCCAUCCAGGGAAGCUCAUCGUGCGCAAUGAGGUGGAUCUUCUCCUCUCUUUCAUCUGCCCCAGCUGAUGCUCCUGGGGGGACACGGGCUGUGCUGAACAGAGAAAGGCAUGUGUCACAUACAAUCU